AUGACCUCCUUCUCCAGCCGCAGCAGCUACAUAUCUUCCUCUAUGAGGGGCUCCACUAUGAUGGGCCCCUCCUCCUCCCUCCGGGUCGGCAGCAUGGGGUCUGGCAGUGUGUACGGAGGAGCCGGAGGGUCUGGAGUACGUAUCUCUAAGGCUUCUUUUGUUUCCUCUGCCGGUGCUGGCAGUGGCUUCAACCUGGCUGAUGCCACCAAUGUGUCCAUCAAUGACAAGGCCACCAUGCAGAACCUUAACGACCGCCUGGCCAGCUACCUGGACAAGGUGCGCAGCCUGGAGGCGGCCAAUGCUGAGCUGGAGAUGAAGAUCAGACAGUAUCUGGAGAGCAGAGUCAUGCCAGAGGCCAACAACUUCAGCAGCUUCAAUGUCCGCAUCAAAGACCUGCAGGACCAGAUCAGGCUUGCUUCUCGUGACAACGCCGCCUUCAUCCUCACCAUUGACAACGCCAAGCUGGCCACUGAUGACUUCAGAGUCAAGUACGAGAAUGAACUGGCCUUACGUCAGUCAGUAGAGGCUGACAUUGCUGGGCUGAAGAGGGCCCUGCAAGAGCUGACACUGAGCCGAAGGGACCUUGAAAUACAGGUGGAGGGUCUGAAAGAUGAGCUGAUCCAGCUGAAGAAGAACCACGAGGAGGACCUGCUGGCUCUGAGAGCUCUGAUGGGAGGUCAGGUGAACGUGGAGGUGGACGCUGCUCCUCAGGAGGAUCUGGCUGCCAUCAUGGCUGGAAUCAGAGAGCACUACGAGACUGUCGCUGACAAGAACCGCAGAGACCUGGAGGCCUGGUUCCAGGCCAAGACAGCUGACCUGAACAAAGAGGUGGCUGUCAGCACAGAGACGUUGCAGACAUCCAAGACUGAGAUCGGAGAGAUCAGACGAACUCUUCAGACCCUGGAGAUCAAACUGCAGGCUCAGAUCAGCAAGAAAGGAGCUCUGGAGGCCAGUCUGGCUGAGACCAGGAGCCGCUACGCCACCAUGCUGGCAGGUUACCAGAGGCAGGUGGAGGCUCUGGAGGAGCAGCUGGCCCAGCUGAGGGCCGACCUGGAGAACCAAAAGGGCAUGUACGCUGACUUGUUGGACAUCAAGAACAGACUAGAGCUGGAGAUCGCCGAGUACAGGAGGCUUCUGGAUGGAGAGAGGUCCUCCUCCACAGAGUCCACCAUGACUGCAGAAAGAAUCAUGAGUGUCGGUCUGUCCAUCAUUCAGGACUUAACAUCUACAGAGUCAGGAAACAGGCAAGUAACAUCACUGCAGCCCUUCACACCUUAG